AAACAGGCCAAUCAGAGGCCGACACGGCGAGGUUUAGUAUCUUUUUUGAGCCCACUUCUUCGUACGUGAGCGGCACUAGCACAAGGAACAGAGAGCUGAUUCAGGGAAGAGAUAGGUUUGCGGAUGGUGGUAGCAUCAAACAUGAAAAACUUAAUAGGUACGGUGGCCUGUACGUUGUUUCUGACUGUAAGUGGUUUUUACUCGUCAAGCGAUGAUGUUGUUGAAUUAACUCCGGCAAACUUCAACAAAGAAGUUUUACAGAGCGACAGCUUAUGGCUGGUAGAGUUCUAUGCUCCGUGGUGUGGUCACUGUCAAAGCCUCACACCACACUGGAAGAAGGCAGCCACAGCUCUCAAAGGAGUAGUCAAAAUUGGUGCAGUGGAUGCAGAUCAGCACAAGUCUCUGGGCGGUCAGUAUGGCAUUCGGGGGUUUCCUACAAUCAAAAUCUUUGGAUCCAAUAAGAACAAGGCAGAGGAUUAUCAAGGUGCAAGGAGCAGCCAAGCCAUUGUCGAUUCAGCCCUGAAUUCCCUCCGGUCCAUGGUCAAGGAAAGGCUUGAGGGGAAAACCAGUGGCUCUGAUCAAGGAAGACAGAGCAGUGGAGGCAAGAAAGAUGUCGUUGAUCUGACCGAUGACGACUUUGAUAAAAAGGUUUUGAACAGUGACGACAUCUGGUUGGUGGAGUUCUAUGCACCUUGGUGUGGCCAUUGUAAAAACCUUGAACCAGUGUGGGCGGCAGCAGCAUCUGAAGUGAAAGAACAGACAAAAGGCAAAGUGAAGCUUGGAGCAGUAGAUGCAACAGUGCAUCAGAUGAUAGCUAGCAGAUAUGGGAUUCAAGGAUUUCCUACAAUUAAAGUGUUCCGUAAAGGAGAGCAGCCAGAGGACUAUGAAGGUGGACGAUCCAAAGCUGACAUUGUUGCUCGUGCUCUUGAUCUGUUCUCGGACAAUGCAGCACCACCUGAGCUGCUGGAGAUCCUUAAUGGGGACAUUUUGAAGAAGACCUGUGAAGAUUAUCAACUGUGUAUCAUUGCGGCUCUGCCUCACAUCCUCGACACAGGAGCUUCUGGCAGAAAUGGCUACCUGGAAGUAAUGAUGAAAAUGGCUGAAAAGUACAAGAAAAAGAUGUGGGGGUGGCUGUGGACAGAGGCUGGAGUUCAGAUGGAUCUUGAGCAGUCUCUGGGGAUUGGAGGCUUUGGAUACCCAGCCAUGGCUGCGAUCAACUAUAGAAAAAUGAAAUUUGCCCUUUUGAAAGGGUCCUUCAGUGAACAGGGAAUUCAUGAGUUUUUGAGGGAUCUUUCAAUGGGUCGUGGAUCUACAGCUACUGUGGGUGGAGGCACACUUCCGAACAUUAAUUCAGUCGAGCCUUGGGAUGGCAAAGACGGAGAGCUUCCCGUUGAAGAUGACAUUGACCUGAGUGACGUGGAGCUGGAUGAUCUUGGAAGAAUUGAGUUAUGAGAAUAUCAAGUCUGAUUUAUUCACUUAUUGUUAAGAAAACGGACCAAACUCCCUUUUAAUCAUCUUUCAGUCAAACCGAUUCAUCAUGGGAUUAGUAAAUCCAAAACCUGUGGCAGCCAUUGAGAAACAUUCUUGCAUUUGUUUUAGUUGAACAUUUGUAAUGGUGGACGAGUUACCAAGAUAAGAAUACUACAGUUCUAUAAAGCACACUGUCCAGUUGUUCAAUAAGCAGCACUUUCUAAUAUUCUCAGAAAUUGACUUACGAAUCCAGUUUAUUGAACACGGUUUGGCUGGAUGACAAACAUCCUUCUUUAUCCUGUCAUUUUUUAUUUUCUAAUAGUAGGCCUUCGAAGUUGAAUGUAUGCUUUCCAAUUUUAAUAUGUGGUCACUAAAAGACAGAGGGAAGUUGGGUAUUCUUGUACAUUUGUUACAUCACCGUCAACUCUGAUUGUGAAAAAUACAUUUAUUUUAUUUUUUUUUUGGGGGGGGGGGGGGGGGGGGGGAGAUGGAUUUGUUUUUGUUUAUUUUGCAUGUGUAAUUGUUUGAUGGGUUGGGAGGCUUCUUAUGGUAACAAAGAAGGUUGGUGUUGAGAUUAAGAACUAAAUAGACUGGUUUGUGGAAGUGCUUGCCAGGUUUCUCCACACUGGAGAUGUAUGACCCAAGUGGCUGGUUACGUUUUCAGGGAAGCCAUGGAAACAGUCUGUGGUUUGAGGAUGUGUGAGAAUGGAACAAAGAUAAGAGUAAAAAGUAUACAUUUUGCUUGCGGUGUCCACUCACCACAGAUGGGUGACUGUUUGUUUACUAUUUGCAAUUGUGUACCCUUGAAAAAAAUUGCUGUAAAAUAAAGACCUGGAACAUACAUUUUCUUAAGACUGAUUGUCAGAUUAUAUUAGGGAUUUGCCUAACAAACCUGAUUACGUUUGCAAAGUCAGGCACAUACCUUCCAUUUGCCAAUUGAUAGUUGCUUUUUGCUAUUUCAAUUUGGUCUGGGAAUAAAAAUGAGUUUAAUUUGUGAGUAA